GGCUCCUCGGAGCGGAGCCCGCUGCUGGCUUACCGCCUCUGCAGCAGCAUCUCGGUUGAAAGGGAGGCGGCGGCGCCGGCGGGGGGAGCGGCCACUGGAGCCCGAAAACUGCCCACCUUCCUGGGCGUGGUGGUCCCCACUUUGCUCUCCAUGUUCAGCGUGGUGCUUUUCCUCCGCCUCGGUUUUGUGGUGGGCCAGGCUGGAUUGUAUCAGUCCCUUGGCAUGUUCCUUGUUGCCUAUUUUAUCAUUGGAAUGACGGUCUUAUCGGUGUGUGCCAUCUCCACCAACGGAGCCUUAGACGCUGGUGGCGCCUACUAUAUGAUCAGCCGGGCUUUGGGGCCAGAGUUUGGGGGCAGUAUCGGGAUCAUGUUCUUCUUGGCCAAUGUCUGUGGGAGCGCCCUCUACAUUCUGGGGCUGGUGGAAGCCGUUGUCGAUGACUUUGGAGCCCCCGCAGAGGGUGGCCCCCACACCUCCCUCCAGGUCCUUCCCCGUGGCUACUUCUUCGAGGUGCUCUACGGCACCAUCCUGCUGCUCCUUUGCCUGCUGGUCUGCCUGGUGGGCGCCGGGAUCUACGCCAAGGCCACCUUCCUCAUCUUCCUCAUUGUGAUGGUGGUGCUGGCCACGGUCUGCCUCAGUUUCUUCAUCGUGAAGCCUCUCGUGGUGCCGCUUCCUCCCGGCAACGGCGGCAACUUCACGGACCGCACGAAUGCCUCUUUCACGGGCUUUAGGCUCAGCACCUUGCUAGCCAACCUUCCGGCUGCCUACAGCGUGGAUUACACGACGGGCCGCCUGAUGAGCUUCAGCACGGUCUUCGCUGUCAUGUUCAACGGCUGUACGGGAAUCAUGGCCGGCUCGAACAUGUCAGGGGAUCUCAAGCAGCCCAGUUACUCCAUUCCUCGGGGCACCAUCAUGGCCGUGGUGUUCACCUACCUCGUUUACAACUUGCUGGCGGUGCUGCUCAGCUGGACCUGCGACAGGCUUCUCCUCCAGAGAGACUACAGCUUCUUGAGGGACAUCAACGUCUGGCCCCCUUUUGUCAUCAUUGGGGUCUAUUGCUCUACUCUCUCGGCAGCCAUGAGCAACCUCAUUGGUGCCUCUCGGAUCCUCUAUGCGCUGGCCAAGGAUGAUCUCUUCGGUAAAGCCCUAAAACCAGCAAAACGGACUUCCCGUGGCGGGAACCCCUGGGUAGCUGUGGUCUUCUCCUGGAUUCUCGUACAGCUGGUCCUGUUCUCCGGGAAGCUGAACACCAUCGCGGCCGUGGUUACCAUCUUCUUCCUGCUGGUCUACGCCACCGUGGACUUGGCCUGCCUGGCACUCGAAUGGGCAUCUGCCCCAAAUUUCAGGCCUACCUUCCAGUACUUCACAUGGCACACCUGCGUGCUGGGGAUUGCGGGCUGCGUCAUCAUGGUCUUCCUCAUCAGCCCCAUCUACGCCUCGGCCAGCGUGGUCUUCAUGGUCCUCCUCCUUGUGGCCCUCCACUACCUGUCGCCCAGCAGUAGCUGGGGCUACAUCAGCCAAGCUCUCAUCUUCCACCAGGUCCGCAAGUACCUCCUGAUGCUGGACAUCCGCAAGGAACACGUCAAGUUCUGGCGUCCGCAAGUGCUCUUGAUGGUCCGGAACCCCAGGACCUCCCUGCAGCUCAUCAGCUUCAUUAAUGACCUGAAGAAGAGCGGCUUGUACGUCCUUGGCCACGUGGAGCUGGACAAUUUAGACUCCCUGCCUGCGGAUCCCCUCGCAGACCAGUCCGACUCGUGGCUGCAGCUCGUGGACAGGCUGAACGUCAAAGCCUUUGUCAACCUGACAGUUUCGGACUCUGUGCGUCACGGCACACAGCAGCUCCUCUUCAUCUCCGGCUUGGGAGGCAUGAGGCCGAAUACCAUCGCCCUGGGUUUCUACGACAACAGAGCCUGCCAAGAUUCCCUGGCCCAGCACCCGGCCUUUAAUAGCGAGGAAGUGACCUGGCAGAAUUUCCCCCCUGUCUGGAGUUCGAGGAGCCAAAAGCGGCUCUCUGCCCACGAGUACGUGGCCAUUAUCGCCGACGCCGUCAAGAUGCUGCGGAACGUCCUCCUGGCCCGCUCCUUCGACGAACUGAAGCUGCCGCAGGCUUCAGGGUGGCGGGCGCAGCCCCUCAUUGACGUCUGGCCCAUCAACUUGAUGCGUCCGGACAGCGCCCGCUAUGUGGACACCAGCAGCCUCUUCCUCCUGCAGAUGGCCUGUGUCCUGGCCAUGGCCCGGGCUUGGCGCCGGGCCCGCCUGCGCCUCUUCCUGUGCGUGGAGAGCGGCGCGCGCCCCGGCGGCCAGGAGGACAAGUUGAGGCAACUGCUGAAGGACCUGCGGAUCCAGGCGGACAUCCACACCGUGCUUUGGGACAGUGUGGUGGCCCUCCAUUGGCACCACCAGCAGGAGGGCCGGGACGGUGAGGCCAUCAACUUCCCAGGCAACGCCGCUUGUCUUUCUGACGAGUACCUUAGUGCUGUCAAUCAGCUCAUCCUCCAGCAGAGCUCCGCCCCCACCGUCCGCUUCCUCUAUUUGCCCCGCCCGCCGGCCGAUACCAACCUCUACCUCCGGUACCUGGAGCAGCUUGAGGUGCUCACCCACGGACUGGGACCCACGCUGCUGGUUCAUGGGGUCAGUGCUGUUACCAGCACUGAACUCUAGGGCGAAGCCAGAGGUCCAUGAACCUCAUGAGGCUGGCAGUCCUUUGCUGGCUUGUGCCCGCGGGGAUGGGCCAAGGUCUUGGUGACUCCCAAAGCACCAGAUCAGCAUGAUGUAGCAAGGAACGAGGACUUGACGGGCAUAAAAGCAGACUGUAGGGUACGCCUCUGGCUUCUGUUCACCAAUUUUCUCCUCUCAUCCCCCAGGAGGGCUGUUUUGGAGCCCUCUGAACCUGGGAAUUGGGGGAGAGACCUGCAAAGCCACCAGGGCCAAGAGUGGAUCAUCAUCGCCUUGUGCCUUGCCUUUGCAUGCCAACGGAGGUUGUAGACCAAAGAUGCCAAAGCUGUGCUGGGCCUUGCCAGCGAGAUUGUGUUUCCGUCCUUGGGAGUUCAGGGGACACUUGGAGAAAUGGGAGAAAAUGUAAGACAGCACUGUUUGUGCCGAGCAGGUUAUUGAUCGCCCUGGCGUUGGGUUGGAGGGGGUUGUUAACGGUGGUCCUACGUUUGGGGAAAUGAAAGGCAUGGUUUCUCAGUUGUGGUUCUGGUGGGCUUCCACCGCUGAAGGCUAAAGAACACUCCCUUGGAGUCUAGCCGAAGUCAGAAUCCAACCGUUCUGCUUUUGGACGUUGGCAGCAGCCCCUCUGUGAUAAUUUAGUUGUGCGAAGUGUACCUUUUGGUGAAAAGAAAAAAACCAAACACCA